AUGGGAAUGACGGGGACCAAUUUCCUCAACACGCCUGAUGGUCGCGUUGGGUGGGCGGACCAUUUCAUGAGCAAGGGCUGGGAGGUCUACAUCGUCGACCAGCCCUCUCGUGGCCGGUCGGCCUGGUCGGAGAGUACUGACGGGGACGUCGGCCUCCUGGAUGCAGAGAGCGCCGAGGCCGAUUUCACAGCUACGCAGGACUUUAAUUUCUGGCCUCAAGCGGCUCUUCAUACCCAGUGGCCCGGUAAUGGGAUGCUCGGCGACCCCACCUUCGACGAGUUCUUCAAAUCGACGGUGCAAUCUCUCAACAACAGCACGCAGUCCCAAGUGGAGAUGCAAGCUGCAGCGGCAGACCUGUUCAACAAGAUCGGGCCUGUGGUAUUGCUGACGCAUUCGCAGGGGGGCCCUAUGGGAUGGGUGCUGGCAGAUGCAAGCCCCGUUAAUGUUCGUGCCGUUAUGGCUAUCGAGCCCAGGGGUCCGCCCUUCAAAGAUGUUGUCAUGUUCACCGGCCCCUAUAACUUCUGGGGCGUCGCCAGCAUCCCGCUGAACUACUCGCCACCAGCGACGUCCCCGGCCGACCUCCAGCCGACUAUUGUCUCCACCGACCCGAGCCUCAACUUCACCUGUUUCCAGCAAGGCACCGACCCACCUCGGAAGCUCGUGAACCUGGCGGAUAUACCAGUGCUGAUGGUGACAUCACAGUCGAGCUUCCAUGCAGUAUACGACAACUGCACGGCGGCGUACCUGCAGCAGGCUGGCGUCAACGUGGAUCAUGUGCGCCUGGAAGACGUCGGGAUAAUGGGCAAUGGGCAUAUGGUGUUCAUGGAGUUGAAUAAUAUUGAGAUAGCGGAGAAGGUGCUUGAGCCGUGGCUUGCGAAGACGAUCCACUGAACGCGAGUUAAGUUCUGUAUUCAAUGCCGUU